GUUCAAAGUUGACGUGACGUCAGAGCGGGGCUCGUGGUUGGAAGCUUCGCGGGAAAACCUCUCAAAACAAAUCGGUUCCGAUGGUCGCGUGCUGAACUUCAGCCUCCAGUACCGUGAGAUCAGCGGUGUGACGUCAGUGUGGGUAACGAACCAGUCCGAGGAACCAUUAGCUCUUCUGUUAGCUCCGGGCUAAAGCUAAUCCGCUAGCUUAGCACUGAUCUGCUCCGGUCAGUGGAGCGGGGAACUCACGGUGACCAGUCCGGGAUAAAGAGUCGGUGACCGGGGAGAGUGAUGGCGGAGAGACCGGAAGACCUGAACCUUCCGAACGCGGUGAUCACCCGCAUCAUCAAGGAGGCUCUCCCAGACGGAGUGAACGUGUCCAAAGAGGCGAGGAGAGCCAUCUCCCAAGCUGCCAGUGUGUUUGUGUUGUACGCCACCUCCUGUGCAAAUAAUUUUGCGAUGAAAUCCAAAAGAAAAACUCUGAAUGCAGGAGACGUGUUGUCUGCGAUGGAGGAGAUGGAGUUCGAACGAUUCCUGGAGCCUCUCAAAGAAUCUCUGGAGGUGUAUAAGAAGGGCCAGAAAGGAAAGAAGGAGGUGACAGAGCAGAAGCGCAAAGAUAAAGAGAAGAAGACUGACUCCGAGAACGACAAGAGCAGGGAGGAGGAGGAAGAGGAGGAGGAGGAGGAGGAGGAGGAGGAGGAGCGGAUGGAUGAGGAGCCCCAAGCUGAGAAUGAAGGGGAGGAGGAGGAGGUGGAGAACUGAGGAGGUUUCUCCAGAGCUCUGCAGACAUGAACCAUGAAAUACACUCCCCCCUCUGAAGCAACCCCCCCCCGACAUGACGCGUCCAUCAUCCAAUCACAGUGGAGCAGUGACAUCAGGUUUCAGAGGAGGAGGAGUUACAGACAUCCAGCUUCUGUCUUCCACACACACACAAACACACACACACCCACACAAACACCCCCAUCUCGUUCCAUUUUGUGUUUAAUCUUUUUGUGGUAACAUUUAGAUAUUUGCGUUGUAUGAUUUCUUCUGUAACACAAUUUGUCGACCGGCUUGGCUGAACCCCUGUAGGUGUUCAUGGAACUAUUCUGAAUAUGAGUGUUCAUGUUGUUGUGUACAUGUUGUGUACCAGCAGCCAUUAAACAGGAAGUCGUCCUCUCCUCCGGCCUCAUGUUUGUGUGAGAGUAAACCAGACCAAAAGUAACACAACUGUGUCACUGAUGACAACAUCUGCAUUUCUUCUUCUCUUGUUAUCGUGGAGCUGCACGGAUGACGACCGGGUCGAUCUGAUACGAGUCGAACUCCAUCCAGAACCAGUCAUUGAACCUACACUCAAGUCAACCAAGCUCUUCAAUGUCCGACCUUUAAAUACGUAGAAGAACUAUUAUUUUUUUCUGGAAAUUUUGGAAGAAGCCAGAAGAGCCUGAUCUCACAUCCUUAAAGAUGAUUCUAAAAACCCGGAUCUGCUCCGUUUAUAAAAUCUGAGACAGAAGUUCAUGUUCCUCAAGUUUCCAUAAAUCCAUUUCCCAGUGGACGUCUGAAAUGUUGGAGCAGCGUUUAAACAUCCUGAGAAGCAUCAACCUCCACAAGUUAUAAUAGUAAUUUAAAUGAAUGAAGCUGAACUAGAAGUUAAACUGGAAAAGUCAGAUCUGUAACUCGUAUCAUUUAAUAAAUUAGUGUCCUGACAGUUGAGCGUUACAAAUAUAUUUAGAUAUAAAUCACUCAGUUUUUCACAUCCUCUGAUAUUGAAUCUGAGAACAUGAACGUUUGUGGUUGGACCAUCUCCGAUCCAGUAGCUGUGCAUUUAGGUUUUGUAUUGCUAGCUUUUUGAAACAUUUGUACUUUCUCAGAUUUCAAUAAAUAUUUUGUAUAAAA